AGGUGAAACCAACUCAGACCUAUCCCGGGAACUUUCGCUGCCGGGGUUCACAGCAAGAGGCCAGUGUCGCGCAGGGGCGGCCAGGGAGCCGCCCUCUCCCCGCCACCUGGGGCUGCGCGCCGGGGCUCAGCCCGGGGGCUUCUCCCCUAGGGAUCCACCGCCUGCUGGGCGCGCUCGGGGUGCUGCAAGCCGCGCCAGCCACCGCGGCUGAUGGAGGCGGGUGGCGCCGCCCCGGGUGCAGGUGACACUCGACAGGCCAAGGUUUCUGCCGGCAGGGAAGAGCGCAGGGAAGGCGAGACACAGACACCCUGGGACCAGGGGACGACAAGGCGGCGAUGGCCCGGGAGUUGAGCCAGGAGGCACUACUGGACUUUCUGUGCCAGGCGGGGGGCCGAGUGGCCAACGCCGCCUUGGUGAGCCACUUCAAGAGCUUUCUCCGAGACCCGGACGCGUCCCCCAGCCAGCACAAGCGCCGCCGCGAGCUCUUCAAGGGCUUUGUCAACUCAGUAGCCGCAGUGCGCCAGGACCCCGACGGCACCAAGUACGUGGUACUUAAGAAGAAGUACAGGGACCUUUUGGGGGAGGAGGGGCUGCAGCGACCCGGAGACCGCCACGCGGCCGCCGCCGCCGCUGCAGGUGGAGCUGCGCCCUGCUCCCCGCCCAGCGAGCGCCGAGAGGAGACGCCGCCGCAGCAGCAGCUGCCUAGGCGGCGGCGGCGCGAAAAGGAGCAAGAGGAGGAACCGGCAGGUGCCGCAGCCCUAGCGGCCGACCCAGGUUGCAAUGGACUCCCGGCCGGCGGCGCCGGGCUGGCGGCCCGGGGAGGCGGCGGGCUAAGACGCGGCUCCCGUCACAGGGCGCAGGUAUCCGCAGCUGCGGCGGCAGAUGCCCAGGUCGGUGCGAAAGGCGCGGCGGCGGAGACGCAGGGCCGCUGCUCCUGGGAAAGUCUCCAGAACGGCUCCGGGGAGCUCCCCCGGCCGCCGCCGCUGCCCCGUGCACUCCAGGACCCCGCCACCGCUGGGAAGGAGACGGCGCGGGCUCCGGCUGUCCAAGAUGACUGCGGGGCUCCCAGGCGGGAGCGGGAAGGCGCUCCCACUGAGCCCGCGCCGGUGCCUACAGAGCCCCUCUCUCCUCCUCCAACCGUCGAGGCUACUGGGAGCGGGGCUUCCCAGCCCGCCCCCUCGUCCAGCCCUCCUUCUCCCCGCAAUCCGCAGGCGCUGUGGACCCCGGGCGAUCUGCAUUAUUCCAUGCAGCAGCAGCAGCAACAGCAGCAGCAGCAACGCACUCGAGAAUGGGUGGCCAGACAUCCCCACAUCCCCGAGGCCCGGGACCAGGGCCCCAUCAGAGCCUGGUCAGUGUUGCCUGACAACUUCCCCUCGGAGCUGGGAUUCAGGGUCCCAGAACCUACUUCGGCGCCUUUAGACCCCUCUCUUUGCCCCCAUUCUCACCCUCCGGCUGUUCCGGAAUCCUGGCCCGGGAACCCUCCAGUGACAGUCUUUCGUAGCAUUCGUUGUCAGCUGUCCCUCCAAGAACUGGAUGACUUUGUGGACCAGGAGAACCACAGCAGUGAGGAGAGCAGCAGUGGGCCCAGAGAGUCCCCUGGGGGUUCUGAAGAGGGGCUGCACGGUGCCCCGGGAACCCCGGAUUGGAGAAAGCUCAGGAAUUCAUCUGCCUGCCUUUCUCCAAAGGAGGUCAGCUCCAGCAGGAGCCCUCAGGGCCUCAGGAACAGAGACGAUGGGCAUGCCUCUCAGCAGGUCCCAACAGGGGCUAAUAGCCUUGUAGGCCACUCGCAGGAGACUUCGCCCUGGCCAGCUCCCAAGCUAAGGAGAUCGCUCAGGAGGAGCUCUCGGGCCCGAAGAGCCAAAUCCUUCUCCUCUGAUGAGGAGUGUCUUGAGGAGAACUUGCUGCAAAGGAGUCGGCGCCCACCACGGUCCAGGAAACCCUCCAAGGCAGGAGCGGCAGCAUCCAGCCCCAGGGUGGAUGCUGCUUUGAUACCCAAACCUGCUGACGUUAAGGCGGCUGUUUCGGAGAAGGGUCGGCUGCACAGCUUGUGGCCCCCAGGUAGGCAGGAGCUUGCAGCCUUGGUCCCGCACAGACCUGCUGAGCACAGGUCGUGUGCGGUCCCUCUAGAUGCCAGGGAGCAUGAAUGGAUUGUGAAGCUUGCCACUGGCUCUUGGAUUCAGGUGUUGGCUUUGUUCUGGGAGGAUCCCCAGCUGGCUCUGCACAAGGACUUCUUAACUGGGUACACUGCUUUGCACUGGAUAGCCAAACAUGGUAACCUCAGAGCCCUUCAGGACUUGGUCUCGGGCACCCAGAAAGCAGGCAUUGCUCUCGAUGUAAAUGUGAAGUCCAGUUGUGGGUAUACCCCUCUGCACCUUGCAGCUAUUCAUGGCCACCAGGGAGUCAUGAAAUUGCUAGUGCAAGGGUUGGCUUCUCGGGUCAAUGUCCGGGACAGCAGUGGGAAGAAGCCGUGGCAGUAUCUGUCUAGUAAUACCUCUGGAGAAAUAUGGCAGCUCCUGGGAGCCCCUCGGGGCAAGCCUAUAUUUCCUGUCUAUCCCUUAGUCCGAAGCUCUUCCCCUACCAGGAAGGCCAAGGGCCGGGACAUAACUAAAACUGUCAGCCGAAAGGCUUCCUUGGCUGCAUUACUCAAAAGUCAGCACCACAAAUGGAAAUUGGCCAACCAGUAUGAGAAACUCCCCGCUCCGAGGGAAAGAGAAGAGUACAGUGACUAAGGUGGGCCCCUCUCUCCAACAUGCAGGCACCACACCCCCACCCUUGAGCGACUCAGUGAGAGAGUUCAGGGGGAAUAGAAAAAUUGCCGAGAAGUUGGGAGAGAGAGAGGGAUCAAGUGAGACAGCCUACCUAGUGUUUACCUGGAUUUUUUGUCAGCACAUCGUGGAUCUCAGGGAUAAUCCAAGCUUUCCGACAGCUCAAGUCCUUGGGCCAGUGAAACCUCUAUGAGGGGCAGAGCCAGGUGCUGAAACCCGGCACAUGCUCUUCCUCUUCCCUUGCACCUCAGACCGGGGCACAGUGAGCCGCAUUGUUUUCUGAAGCAGCAGUACCAGGCCUUGGCUAGAGAGGGAACAGAUGUCUAACAAGAAGGGAGGCACUUCGAGGAAUUGACAAAGCUCAGACAAAAUCCUCUGGCUGGUAGCAUUCUGGCAUCUGUUCACUUGGAGAAUAAUUUGGCUGAGAGUGGAAAGCACCAGAUUUGAAAUCAGAUGGCUUCUCUUUUCUUUUUUCAUUCUUUUAAAAACCUUUUUCUUCUUUCAUUCUUUUUUCCCCUCUUUUCCUCUUCCUUCCUUUCUCUCUCCCCCCUUUCCCAUUCAAAUCAGUGAAAUGAACUUAUUACCUGAGAGCUGAAUUUGAUUUUAAGAGAUUCCUCAGCCCUGUCCUGGUCUUCCUUUAGAUGCAACCUACCAGAGGCUAAUGCAUGAAAUGAUCAGUGCCUCCUUUGGGUCUCUUCUCCACAAUCAGAGAAGCUGUUGGGUAAGAUCCAGUCAUGACUGGUGUUCAGGCCUUAAAUCAACCUAAGGUAAACUUUCCAAAUGUAAACACUGUUGGCUCACUUGCCUAGUGACUGAAACCAGCUUUCACGGAAACUCCCUGCGUCGCAAACAGCGGAAUCAAUACCAGUAGUCUUCAACAGGUCUGAAUGGCCAAUACUCCACGCUCACCAAAGGAGAGGAGUGAUUUCCCUUUGGGGCAGCAGUGAGGAUAAAGGGGUGAAGGCCUCCUUGCCAGGAAUUUUUUAAGCUGCUAAAUAUAAUUUUAUUUGCACUAAACUUGUUGCCAAUUAAGAUUAAAUAUUAGCCUGAAGUGCUGUAUCUCUAACAGGAAGUGCUCCUCUUAAUUGCUUGUGAUGGGGCUGGGGCUGAACUUUGUGGGCCUGUGAAAUGAGAACGUCAAGAUUUCAGAAUGUAAAUUCAAAGAGGGUUAAAAGGUGAAAUGUCCAAGUGGAGUUUGUGAAUUUUUUAUGGAAAUGUUUUCAUGUGCUGUGGCAAUGAUGAUGUCUUUUAAAAGUGUUUUUGUAUUUCUUCUGGUUAUCUCCCCUCCCCAUUUAAAUGUCAACAAAUCUUUAUAACUUAUUAUUUUUAUGCUGAUUACUCUUAACUUUCUUCUUUACAAAACUGUGUCUCAGUGAAUGUCAAAUAUUUUUUGUUUGUAGUUUUACUUUAUAAUUUUGCUGGAACAACCAUAUCUCUGUUCUAU